AUGAUAUUGGAAUUGAAUUCAUUUUUUGACUAUCCAGAAAAUUAAGGCAAAUCCACCAAAAUAUGGUAACCUGUUGAUUUAGAAAUAUAUAAUGUAAUAUAAAUUUAGUAAAUGUUAUUAAGAAUGACAUCAUCAUUUUUUAAGAAGACUGCCGCAAAAUCAGUAAAAAAUAGAAACAACUAAAAUUGAUUACAAUCUAAUUAGGAAAUGAACAUAUAUAUUAUAUUAAAGACCAAACCAUAUCUUAGCUUAAUAUAACAGUGGCUGUAAUGACAACUUAUAGGCAUGAUGAAUUUGGCAUUAUCAUAAGAAUUUCUCGAAAUGGCAAAUAUGUUGAUUUAUAAUUUGAUGAAUAUGUUGUAUUUAAGAAUAUGAUGGCAACAAGAUGCCUAUAAACGACCUUUCAUGAUGAAUUUGGAGUAACAAAGAUGAUAGGAAAAGGAAGUUUUGCCAAAGUUUAUUUUGCAACGAAGAAAUCCACAGGAGUCAAUUAUGCAGUUAAAGCAUUUAACAAAGAAUUUAUGCAGGAGUAAUUUAAGGGAAGAGAAUCAUUAGAAAAUGAAAUCAAAGUUAUGAGGAGAUUAAAUUAAGAAAACCUAGUGAGAUUAUAUGAAACCUAUGAAACCCAAAACUCAAUCUAUUUUAUAUUGGAUAUUUUAAAAGGAGGUGAAUUAUUAGCAAGAGUCAAAUAAUAACCAUUGAGUGCUCCAAGUUUGUAAAAGUUAAUGUACAAUUUGAUGAAAGCGCUUUGUCAUUUGCAUUCCAAAAAGUGCAUGCAUAGAGACCUAAAACCAGAAAAUCUAUUAUUAAAAGAGAAAGAUAAUGAUACAGACAUUGUUAUUGCUGAUUUUGGAUUAGCUUGUUUCUUAAGUGAGGAUAUCUUAUUUAAAAGAUGUGGAACUCCAGGAUUUGUUGCUCCAGAAAUAUUAUUAUAUAAAGAAGGAGAUCCGUUUUACGAUGAAAAAUGUGAUGUAUUCAGUGCUGGUGUUAUCUUUUAUGUUUUAUUAACAGGGAGGUAACCAUUUUAAGGAACCGAUUAUAAAGGAAUUCUUAGAGCAAAUAAAAAUUGCGAAAUUAAUUACGAAUUAAAAUAGAUUCUAGCUGUAAACUAUAUUAAGAUAAUUAAUAUAGGCACCUAUGUAGUUAGUAGAUUUAAUGAAGAAAAUGUUGUGCCCUGAUCCAAAAAUUAGAGUCUCUUCAGAAGAAUGCCUUAAACAUCCUUAUUUUAAGGAAAUCUUCAAGGAGUAAGAUCUAAUAGAUGUUUAAGAAAGUCUCAGGGAUUAUGAUAAAGAUUUUGUUUAUUUAUUAGGCAAAUAAUAAGGGUAAUGGAUUGAUUAACAGAUAGUCCACCAAGUUAAGUUGGUUCGAUGCAAUUAUAAUAAAGAUAACCUGCUUUGAAUGGUAGAAUUGACACUAUGGGUUCAUUUUCAAAUGUAUCCAAUAAUGGAUCAGUUACAAGAUUAGAUUAGAAGCCGCAAUUACAACAUAGUAAAUUUAGUCAAUUCGGACAUGCAAAUAAGCAGCAACCUUAAUCAGAUGCAAGUACAUUAAAUCAUAUAUAUAGACUCACCUGCAAUGAGGAAGAAUUUGUAAUCAGAUCUACGUAAAACAGCCCUUAAGAAUUCAUUUUAAUAAUAAAUCAAUCAAUUAAGUAAAGAUGAUGACUGUGUGAAUGAUGAGGCUGCUCAUUUAGAAGAUGCUAUAUCAAAAUUAAAUUCUUAGACUCCAAAAAUGGGAGGAUUAAAAAAAGCAAAUUCAUUUAAAAUACCAAAAUCAUCUAUGGAAUGA